ACCCGAGAGAGAGAGUUACCAAAAUCCGGGCCAAAAGAUCUUCCUUCCUUCCUCCACCCAACGCCCUCCCUCCCUCAAAUAUUCCCAUCUCUCUCCCUCUCUCUCUCUCUCUCAUCGUGAUCGUCAAUUUCCAGCACUUUCCACUGGAAACUGGAACCCAAUUUGCAUCAAUCGCAGGCGCGCUGCGUUAGAUCUGCCACCCGCUGAGAAUUCGCGUGUUUUUCUUCCAGUUCAUGUGGUGAAGGAAGGAAGGAAGGAAGGAGUGAAGGACCCAGAUUAGUGUCGGGCAUGUCUGGGGCUGGGGAGGCUGUAGGGCAUGUGAAUUUCCCAGCAAUGGCUGCGAAGGACCGGUCGGGAUGCGGCAAUCCGGUUAAGAAGCCCGGCCCAGUUUCCAUGGACCACGUGCUGGCAGCUCUCCAGGAGACUAGGGAAGAGAGGGAUUCCAGAAUCCGGAGCCUUUUCAGUUUCUUUGAUUCCGACAAUGCAGGCUACUUGGGCUACGCUCAAAUCGAGAAGGGCUUGUCCGCUAUGCAAAUCCCUGCGGAGUACAAGUUUGCCAAGGAUCUGUUGAGGGUGGUUGAUGCCAAUAAGGAUGGGAGAGUGGAUUAUCCGGAAUUCAGAAAGUAUAUGGAUGAUAAGGAGCUGGAGUUGUAUAAGAUUUUUCAGGCUAUUGAUGUCGAACAUAGCGGCUGCAUUUUGCCGGAGGAGCUCUGGGAUGCUCUUAUAAAGGCUGGGAUUGAAAUCGAUGAUGAUGAGCUUGCAAGAUUUGUUGAGCAUGUUGACAAGGAUAAUGAUGGCAUUAUAACUUUUGAAGAAUGGAGGGAUUUUCUUCUUCUCUAUCCGCAUGAUGCCACCAUUGAGAAUAUUUACCGGUACUUGGAAAGGGUCUGUCUUGUAGAUAUUGGUGAACAGGCAGUGAUUCCUGAAGGCAUCAGCAAGCAUGUUCAUGCAUCUAAAUAUUUAAUUGCAGGAGGGGUUGCGGGAGCUGCUUCUCGUACAGCAACUGCACCCCUUGAUCGCCUUAAAGUGGUUUUACAAGUUCAGACUACACGUGCUUCCAUCAUGCCAGCAGUGAAAAGCAUUUGGAAAGAGGGUAGGCUUUUGGGAUUUUUUCGGGGCAAUGGAAUAAAUGUUUUGAAGGUUGCACCUGAGAGUGCCAUUAAAUUUUACACUUAUGAAAUGUUAAAGAAUGCUAUUGGAAAUGCCAAGGGAGGGGAUCAGGGUGAUGUAGGAACUUCAGGGCGACUUAUUGCGGGUGGUUUGGCAGGUGCAGUAGCACAAACUGCUAUAUAUCCAAUGGACCUUGUUAAAACAAGGUUACAAACGUGUACUUGUGAAGGUGGGAAGGUCCCACACUUGGGAAGAUUGUCAAAAGAUAUAUGGCUUCGGGAGGGACCCCGGGCAUUUUACAGAGGAAUUGUACCCUCUCUUCUUGGGAUUAUCCCUUAUGCAGGCAUUGAUUUAGCUGCCUAUGAUGCCUUGAAGAAUUUUGCAAAGACAUAUAUUCUCCAAGAUAGUGAACCUGGUCCACUUGUGCAACUGGGUUCUGGUACAAUUUCGGGAGCUCUUGGAGCAACAUGUGUUUAUCCUUUGCAAGUUGUUAGAACUAGAAUGCAAGCUCAACCUACACAUACAAGUACUGCUUACAAAGGAAUGUUUGAUGUAUUCCUCAGAACAUUUCGACAUGAAGGAUUAAGGGGCUUCUACAAGGGGCUCUUCCCAAAUCUUCUUAAGGUUGUACCAGCAGCAAGCAUUACAUAUCUGGUUUACGAAAACAUGAAAAAGACUUUAGAUCUUGAUUAGCUGAUACGAGGUUUUACAGGCGGCACAAUUGAGAAUUAAAAGAGGUAAUAGGGGCACAAUUGAGAAUUAAAAGAGGUAAUAGGGGAUGAUGACGAAUAAAAAUUCUUAGUCAAAUUGGAGAUUGGUGAUGUCUUUAAUGAAGCCAUACACUUAAUUUUUUUAUUUUUAACUUCUGUUUGGAUAGAUUAAGAGAUUGGAUAAAUCAUUAUGUUUAUCACACAUUAACUGACUAGUAUCUAUGGUUGCGAUUAGUAUAGUUCGUAUGCAAAAGAGAUGUCUUUCGAGUAAUAGGAUAUCCUUGUACAAUUUUGAUUAGUUAUAUCCAUAAUGAAAAUGUUAAAGCUGGUGAACCUUAAAA